CGUCAAUUUUGUUCAGUUCACUUUUGUCGCUGACGUCGUCGUUAUCAAAAACUUCAAUAGUUUAAGUGCGGGUGUAUUCCUUUUUUCUUCAAGCGCAGUAUUGAAGGAAAAAGAAACAUACAAAAAUAUCACAACAUUUUUUGAUGUCACACAGACAAUUUAUCUCUUUCGCAUUAAAAAGGACGAAUACACAGUGAGCAAGCACUAUUAGACGUCGUCGCCUUAAAGUGGUUUUCCAUCGUUAUAUACACCUACAUCCCUUGCUAUAGAUGUAAAAUGUAGAUACUAUUUUUCUUCUUUUUUUAUUCAUCCUUUGUCCUUUGGUGUACGUUUUUUUAAUCAUUACUCGUCGGUAUUGUCACUAAGUCGCAUAUAGGUACUUCAACUCACGGAGGACGACGACGUUUCGCAUAAUUGCAAAAAAAUAUAAUAGAUACUCGGUAAACUUAGACAAACAAGAAUUAAAGACUAUCAACUUCUUUGUUCGUAGUUUUUAAUUUUUUUAUGAAUCCAUGAUCCCCGUGUGUGUGUGUAAUUGGUGUUGGAUGUAUAAGUGCAAGUGAUUACAUAAAUAAAUUAUUGAUUAAUUAGAAGUGAAAGGAGUAAACUUAAUAGUUUAAUUGUGCAAAGAGGCACAUCGUUAUUGCCGCACCUGCAAGGACGACACACUCUGAAAAAAAAGAAGAAAAAUCCGUUUGUGAUCUCAGGAAAUAGUUCCCCGCAAUUCUGUCGCCGUAUCGCAAGCAGAAUAGAGACUUAAGAAAAAUGGCACAGGACACGAAAAUUCCAACGACGCACGUGACAUUUGUGGGUAUUCUUAUCUUAAUCACACAAAUCCUGGCAGAGAACGGAAGCUUUAACAGCCAACAUCAGCAGCAGUUAGGAACUGACGUUCCACCGGUAGUACCUUUUGCAUUGGAUGCUAUAAAUGGUGGUGGUGAACAUAGUGGCAGCACAAACCAAAUGCAAAAUCUACCAACUGUGAAUUUGGCUCCCGUCUUACCCGAACAAGGCACGUCCCCAGCAUCGCCACCAUCGAGUAUGUCAAACCCGCCACUAUCUGCUGUCACGCAAUCGGGUGCCUCAUCAUCUAGCUCCACACAAGUACCACCAUCAACAACACAAAUACAAGAGAGCUCAAGUGACAAUCUAACUGAACCGAUAAUCGGUGAACAUGUUAUGUUGGGUUCGGCUGGCCCCGAUAAACGUGAGCUGGAGGGUAUUCUUAAGGCUUUAGAUUGGUUGAAAGAAAAACGUGCUCCCGAUUACGGUUGGGGCAAUGACACUCACAUGGUUAUCUUGGCCAAGGAACUUUCUGGCGCUAGAGAUCCGACCGACUCAGAUGGGCAUUUGCAAGUGAUUGAAGAGCUAGAAGAUACUCUGUCAGUUAAGGAAAUGGAAAUUGAAAUUCUAGCUAUGCUCGAUCGCCACCACACAUUACCCAAACCUAUGAAUUUGGACAAACUGGCGAGAUACGUUCUUGCACUCGGCUCACUUUGUAAGGAUCCCAAACGAUUUCAUGGACAUGAUUUGGUGGUUACAUUGCAGCAUCACGAGCCAGCACAAGACAUUGAAUUUGCUUUGACUACUUUAUCUGCUUGUAGUUCCGCUGCUCACGUUAGAAAACGUCAAAUUCGAAGACUUUUGGACAUCGCCAGUGGAGUAACAGACCAAAGCGUCGAUACUAUUGCUAUGGUCAUAUUAGCUUUGAGAUGUAUUGUAACCGAUCAUCGACACAGGCACCUUCAGCACUUCGUUCGCCGCCCAGCAAGGGGACUUGCAAGUCUGCAGGAUCUUAGAGGUGGAUUCGGUUCACUUCGCAGCACAGCGUUAGCCAUGCAGGCUCUACAGGAUCUGGAACGUGACCCAGCUGGCUCUUGGAACCGAACCGCUGCCUCUAGGUGGAUUUUGAGUCGUCAACGACCUGACGGAGGUUGGACUGAAGAACCGUUACAAGAUGGGCAAGAUCCAAGCAUUGGUGUUGGUCUUACAGCAGAUAUUAUUCUCGCCCUCGGUUGGAAAGGUUUGGGAGCUGUACGCGCUCUUCAAUGUGAUCAUGUCAUACGAGAGAAUAGCGAUUCCGUAUCUGAAAAUGGAGAGCCUAAGCUGGCUCUUCCUUUCGGCCUCACAUCGGCCGAAGAAUCUGACACGAAAAACGUCUCCUACACAUAUACACUUUGGGUGGGCUCGAAUGUGACCGAAGCAUUCUCGCUUUCGCUUGUCUCUCCUAAAAAUACAAGCUUUUUCAAGGCUAUGACGCAAGCAGCUGAAAUCGACACAAGAUUCAACUUUGAAGCAAGAGAAUGGCCGAAUGGUCAUUAUAUUCACACUCUAGCUGGCAAAAAGGAAGAACCAAGAGGGUACAAUUAUUGGCUGUUGUAUCGUCUACCCGAACUACCCGAUCCCAAUAAUCCACCAGGAAAUCAACUGAUAGCACCUGUGGGAGUUGACGAACUUAUGGUGGAAGAUGGGGAGCAUUACCUUUACUGGUAUAAAAAACUUUAAAUGAACAACAUGCACAAUGUUCAUUUUAAACUAAAUAACAAAUUAAAAAAAAAAAAAACAAA